GGCCGGCCGCUGAUUGGCCGCCUCGCCGCGCCGCCCACUGGCCGCCCCGCCGCCGCCACACAAAGCCAUCUUGUAAACAAACAGACAGCCGCGUCCGCCGCCGCCGCCCUGCGAUCAAUGGCCGCCCGUGGCUCGCGCCAGGGCCCCUGAUGGAGGCGUGCCGCCCAGGGCCCGCCGCCAGGCCCGCGCCGGCCGCCGCGCCGCGCCAGGACCAGGAAAAAACCCGCCAUAUUGAUCACGCCCCCGCCGCGGCCACGGCUGGCAUGGAGCUGAAGGGGCCGGGGCAGCCCCAGCCCCUGCCCGCCCCGGGGGAGGCGGGGGGCAUGGCGCCGCAGGGCAUGGCCGGCCCCGAGCUGAACGGCCACCUGCCGCACCACCAGGGACAAAAAAACGACUCAGUGUACGACUUUGACCCCGAGGCCGAGGGCGAGCUGGGGGGCGGCCUGGGGGACGCGUGCGGGGCGUCCCCGGGCAAGGGCAGCGCCCCCAGCGAGUCCUCGGAGGGCACGGUGAAGCACGAGCCCGACCUGGAGGGCCUGGAGGACUCGGAGAUGGCGGACGAGGAGGAGAGUGUGGGGGAGUCCUUCGAGGGGGGUGACUACCCCGGGGAGGCGGGGGACGCCUCGACCGGGGGGUCGGUGCCCACGUCCUACGAGUGUGUGCCCCGCCGGGGCCGGGGGCGCCCCAGGGGCAGCAAGAACCGGACGGACGGUCGUGGCCGGGGCCGGGGGUACAAGUACAGCCGGAUGUCUGAGGAGCGGUCCGGGUCGUCCUAUGACCUGCGGCACAUCCCUGACCCCUUCAGCAGCCAGCGGCGGGGGCGGCCGCGCUCACGCUUCAUCGUGGACCUGGGCGAGCAGAACCACGAGGUGUGGACCAAGUCCAAGGAGGAGCUCAACAUCUCCGACGCUGAGCUGACCACCCUGCUGCUGAGCCUGCUAGAGUCCAGGCGUGACUGCGGCAGUUCGGCGGACACGGACACCAUGCUGGGGCUGAUCGGCGCGGAGUACAACAAAUGGAAGGACAAGUUCACCUCGCAAGUGUCGAUGUUGAGUCACUACGCCUCCAUACACAACACCAACUGCUGCACCUGUCUGGGGAUUAAGAAGAAGAAGUACAUCCCGGCAGGCACAGGGAAGCGAGGACGGCCCAGGAAAUACCCCCCACCUGUCGGCUAUGGUCCGGGUAUGCAGCGCCCAGACACCAUUGACGAGGAUGGCAACAUCUUCGAGCCGCAAAUCAUCCUUAAAGACGGGAUGGUUGUCAAGAACGAGCCUAGCGGGGCGGAGCAGGGGAAGGGCGUGGAUGGCGGGGGCGCUGGGAUGCCGAACGGGGAGGCUGGCGACCCCAACGCACCGGGCAUGGGGCCGAACACCUCGACGACAGGCCCGGGCGGGAUACAGCUCCUCCCGCGCCCCAUGCUUUCGAAGGAGGAGCUGGAGAAGCGGAAGGAGUACUACAACAACCACAAGAAUAAGAUAAAGUACGUCUGUCACUAUUGCCAAGUCCACUUCUACCAUAAACCGAAUUUUGACUUCCACAUCGCUAAGCUCGAGGAGGCCGGGAAGUGCAAGAUUUUCGAGAAGGUGAACAAUCUUUAUCUCUGCGAGGCGUGCGGGGAAGGUUUUUCGUGGCGGGAGAAACUGGAGAAGCAUCUACGCCUUGCCGAGCAGCACGGAACACACAACCAGAAGGAGCUGUUGAUGUACGGCGACUUCCAGUGCAACAUGUGCGGGAAAACCUUCAAUAAACGAACCACUUAUCUCCAACACAUUAAAUGGCAUGAAGAUCGCGAAGACAUCCCCUGCGUCAUCUGCGGUACCAUGUUCAAGCAAACUGACCUUAGACAUCACUUAAUGGAGGUCCACAGCAAUGAUAGCCUCCCGUGUUGCUACUGCGGAAAGCUCUUCACUGGCCGGAAGUACCUAGAGAAACAUGAGCUUGUGCAUCAGGGCGGUAAUUUCCCCUGCCCAGAAUGCGGAAAGACGUUCAGCCAGAAGAGUAACAUGCAGCAACACCUCAAGACCCAUGCCCUUGACCGAGACCACGCCUGCGACCACUGCGGACAGACCUUCUCGCAGCGCGCCGGACUCUGCCAUCACCUGAAAAAGCACUUCGGACCGGCGGAAUUCACCGAGGAAUGCGAGGUCUGCGGACAGUACUUUUCCAGCGAGUACAACCUCAAAGUCCACAAGCGGAAGGUGCAUAACAUGGCCGUGGAGGGUCUACCGGAGGAGCCGGCGGAGUACCUGUCCUCACCCAUCCCACAGCAUCUCCCGACAGCGGAUGACCUACGGGAGAAGGCGUAUGGGGCCGCGAACACAGCCGUGAAGAACAUGCUCGGAAUGUCUCUCGGGUCAUCCGUAAGUCUGGGCCUCUCCAUGAAGCAGGAGGGCGGGUCGGAUGGCCUGGAUGACACGGUUGGCAGCCAGCUCCACAUGCGGGAAGCCACCGGACACAUGGGUGAUAUGCGGCACAUGGUUGACCGCCGGGACACAGCCGCCCUCAUGAAGGACACACUCGACACGGAGGAACACUUACGGAUGGCGCAGCACCACAUGGGCGUGACGGAUGAGGCCCUCCACAUGCCACAGGACCUCACGCGGAUGACCAGCCAGGCACACAUGAGCGACGACUCUGGCCGGAUGUCAGCCGCGCCGCAGUCACCCCUUCUCACCCAGACUCACAUGGGCGGAGGCGGGAGUGGAGAUAUGCGCACACCGGCAACGGAUAGCCCGGGGCGGAUCACCGACACCCCACACAUGACGGACAACCUCGGGCGGAUGGCAGCGGAGAACUUCGGGCGGAUGACAAGCACCCCCGGCGGCUACCUGGCGGAGCAUCUUCGGCGGAUGGCGGAAAACCAGUCUCGGAUGUCAGAUACCAUGUCCCACUACGACGAACGCGACAACUAUUCCCGUCUCGGCGAUAACCUCCGUACCAUGAGCCGGGGGAGCGCGGGGGACCCCAUGGGGCGACUCGGGGACAACCUGGGGCGGAUGACAGACAACCUCAGCCACAUGGGGGUCAUACGCCCCACCCAGACCCCCUCCAGUACCCCGCAAUGGCCCCCACAUAUGCAGAACCACGCGGCGCUCGACGGCAUGAACCAGAGUGCCGCCCAGGCCAGCCAGCAUACCCUAUACCCCCUCCCCUUCUGGCCCUAUGACCCCUCUCUGCGGCAGUACCACCACUGAGCCCCUACCCCCCCUAUACCCCCCACAACCCCCCCGUUUCAUGUACAAGGCCCAGAUAUUUUUUGGUCGUCCCGAAUGUCGGAUUCUGCAAGCGAGAUGUGUAUUUUUAUUCUUGUUUACGUGG